AUGUGGAGACUUGGGAACAUGUUGUUAUGGAACUUGAUGGCUGCAGUAAUCCUCUUGGCUCAAGCAAGGCCAAAUAUGAAGGUCCAUUCACAGUCAAGCAGUGGCUUGCAUUCAGACUGCGUGGGUAAUCUAAUGAGGCUGUCAUUGGACAAGGCCCUAGCAGUGGGGAAUGCGCUUGAGGUGGAGGCCAUCAAUGGCACCCAGCACAUUGUGAUAACACCCAACUUGGCUGCUCAGUGUGGCUACAGCAUGGAGUCCGACCCGUGGGGUAACACCAGAAUCUACUCGUCUCUGCUGGGCUGCUACGUGGACAAUAAGGACGAUCAGACCUUUAAUGUUGGCUUAAGGCUCCGGAUGUACGGCCCCAGUGGAUCAGAUGUGGUUACCCAUGAUGUGAGCCAGACUUGCAGCUACACUCGCUGGGCCUCUAGAGAGAUUCUCUGUGACAGGAACUACAUGGAAGUGUCCCACCACAUUGCUACUCCUGAAGCUAAAGGGCAGACUCGAGAUGUUAAAGAGAUCGACGUCAUACCUGAUGCCUCUGGGGAAUCACAUGGCAUCUGGAAGUUGACAUUUUACACCCCAGAACCAGUGUCAAUGGUGCUGAGGGAGGCUGAACAAGCUGGUUAUGGUGCCAUGGUGACCUCAACCCGUCUGGUUAUGCGAUCCCCAUACAAUACAGCAGAGACCACUUCAGAAGAGGUGGAUGGAGUCUCCAUGGAAGUAUUCAGGGUGAGCGCCUACUACAAGGCACCACAUGGUCUGAGUGUGGUGGACUUGGCAGCUGCUUGUCCCACAGGUGGCGUCCUCUUCACCAACAACGUAAUCUCUUGGCACGUACCUCGCCGUAUGACACCACUGGUAGAUGGCAGCUUUGAAAUCAGAGAAAUGCACAUGGGCAUUAACGGAAGGAGGCUUGAUGGAUCUCAGAUGGCUGCACGAGGGUACACGCUGUCCACCACAGAGUUCCACAUCAUCAUUGAGAUCCCAGUGGGCUCGCCUGAUGGUCACUACAAGAGCCAUGCCCCAGAUUACCAGUACCACGUUGCCUACAUUGUGGAGCCCAUGCUUGAGGUACUGUGGAGGACCACGGUCACCCGAGAUGAUACCAGAUACAAGGUGUUGUUCCCCAUUACCACCCCUCUUAUUCGUCAAGCUCCUCUUGUCCAAGAAAAUACUGUCCCAGAGGCUCGCCUUUUCAGCGUUGUCUUGGGGCCCCUUCUUCAUGAUGUGGUGCUGAGGAACAUCACCUGCUUCACCAGCGUGCUCACUGUUGAAGAGAGCAAUGCCAGAGGUUUUACCGUCCAGGAGCAUCGCCACGCCAAUGGAACCAAGAGCAUCUCUGUUUUAGUGCCCUUUGAUGCAGAUAUUGUACUGAAAGAUAAUCCUGAACCCUUGAUUACAACCUACUUCCUCUCUCUGAUCUUUGGGUUUAUCAUCCUUCCUGAAGAAACUCCAUUUGCCCACCCAGUCGAGUUGCAGGCGUCUCUGCAAGAUGUUGAGCUACCAACCGUCACUGGCACCUGUGACCAGAACCAGUUUUACAUCAGUGUGAAAUAUGGGAGUCAAGGCAACAAUUUCAAGGCAAUGGUUGGACAACAGCUGACACCUGAGAUGGCUCACUACCAGUUCCAAGAAAACGGCACACACUUCAGCGUUAGUCUUCCAUACAAUGCCAAGGAUGCGACCUUCGAGCUGAUAACCUCAGAUUCACUAAGAGCCCACGUUGACUUCUUUCUGCUUCAUGCCCGUAACGACUGGGUGCUCGCUGAUCUCUUCUUGUCCUGCAACUUUCCCUUAACAACAACCGAGUGCUACCCCAAUGGAACGAUGGUGGCUUCUGUGACCAAUAUGGUCCCAAGUAGGCUGACCCUAAUGGACCAGUCUUGCAAACCGGCAUUCAGUGGUGAUCGCUUUGCAUAUUUCUCUUUCAAUGUUGCGUCAUGUGGAACCACAAGAACAUUCUUUGACCACUACAUGCUGUAUGAAAAUGAGAUUGCCUUGCCUUACAACAAAGGAGCAUCACCAGUUGGUCCUCAGUACAGACAAACCAUUUCCUGCUACUAUGUGGUCAACGAGACUCAGACUGUUGGCUUCAGCUCAAAACCAAGACUCUAUGAACCCACCGUGGAGAUCGGCUCAGGACAGCUGAUGGUUCAAAUGAGGCUAGCCCAGGAUUCAUCAUACACGCUCUUCUACCAUGCUGUAGAUUUUCCGGUUGUAAAAUAUCUGAGGCAGCCUCUCUAUUUUGAGGUAGAGCUGGUUGAGGCUACUGACCCAAAUUUGGAGCUCAUCUUGGAGAACUGUUGGGCUACACUUGAUGAAGACCGGACAUCUCUGCCUAGCUGGGAUAUCAUUAUAGACAGCUGUGCGAAUCCUGAUGACAGCUAUGUGACAGUUUUCCAUCCUGUUGUGAGAGAUGCCAGUGUUUUAGUCCCAUCCCACAUCAAACGCUUCUCUAUGAAGAUGUUCACCUUCACUAAAGAUGAGGCGGUUCUGAAGAACGAGAUCUUUGUCCACUGCGAUGCAGAGAUUUGUGACUCGCAUCGGCAAGCAGAUGGUUCAUGCCGAGGCCAGUGUGUUGAACCUGCACACCAGAUGAACUACAGACGAGAGAGAAAACGGGUACAAAGGGGAACGGACUCCAUCAACCAAAGGCAAAUCUCCUCUGGGCCUAUUGUGUUCACCUCUGGUCAAACUCCUGAAUAA